AUGGUCACAACCGCCAUGCCCGAGAAUAACUUCGAGGUGAACCUGGAAGUGCCGGAGGAAUUUCCAGAAGCCACGCUCGAGCGUCAUCAUACUCUCUCUGAAGUCCUCCACGAGGUGUCCCAGGUGUCUUCGCAUUCCACGGCACCUGGAGACUUGGAUGAGUUCGUGACGGAAUUCCUCGACAAAUGCGCUGAGCUGAUGUCUCAGAUGCAACCUGCGCACCCAGAAAUUCUCCGCGGGAUCAGAGCAUCGCACGUGUUGCACAGAGCACGCGGUGCGUGGAUGCGUGGAGAGCUGGAGCCGCUCCAAGAGUUCAGCGAGAAGACGACCCAGCUUGACGAGUUUUGGUCACACAGCUGGCAAACGAGUCUUUGGUUAAAGUAUGUCAGCAUCCUCUAUCGUAGCAAUGGCUUGCCAGCAUUUGUACUGGGCACGCUCAGUGCCCUGCUGGCCUUUUCCUUGCAGAUAGCUGGCGUUAUUUCGUGGCGGGGCGCGUGCACGCUGGCUGGGACUGUGGCCUAUUACUUGACUCUUCUAUUCUGGAAGCCCCAAAAGCAAGUGUUCCUGGACGUUGCAUGCGUGGACCAGGUUGACCCAGCAAAAAAAACACAGGGCCUGAUGAGCGUGGGCGCAUUUUUGAAAGCAUCCAAGUCCCUUGUGGUUUUUUGGGAGACGAGCUUUGUCACUAGAUUGUGGUGUGUCUUCGAAAUGGCAGGGUUUAUGCACACGCAGCAACGUGAUGCAAGCAAGCACCUGGAGGUAUGCCCGGUUUUCGUAGGCCCGGCACUCAUAUUUGGUCAUGCGGGUUUCUGCGCGAUGUUCCUCAUUUUCUUCUUCACUGAAAUUGACAUCAUGGAAGUACAAUUGGAGGGCGGGUUAGUCCUCGGCGCUCUAAUGCUUCCGUGCUUGACAACUCUGGCAUACGUAGUUCUGCUGCACUGCCACAGCAUCGAAGUAAUGCAGCAGCAAGUCCGCUGCUUCACCAUCGAGCGUUCCUUUAGCCAAUGCUGUGUAGACAAGCAUCUUGACAGCAAUGGUCAACGAAUUCUUUGUGAUCGGGAUGUCAUCCUGCGAUGCAUCUCCGCCUGGUUUGGGUCUCCGGAGCAAUUUGAGGACAUGGUGCGCACGAAGCUUUUGCGGCAGCUGGUUUACCAGCUUGCCAACCAUACCUUCUCGUACUGGCGAAUUUUGCAGGCGAUGUCCCCUGUAAUGUGGUUCAAGCUAGAUUGGUUCCUUCCAGGCGAGUUUAUGCGUGGCGUGGUCGAGACGAGUGUGUACUGGCUUGCGCUCGGCCCAACAAUGGUGCGGGUGUCUCUCCGGCUGACCUACAGCACGCGCAAACUAAGCGACAGGACAGUCGGACGUGCGCUAAUUUCCAUGUGCCUUGUCGCAAACGCGAUGCUUAUGUUCGGAGCUUUCUUCGUCUUGGAGCAAGUUCUUCCUAUGGCUUUUGGGGAUAGACUGGCGUCAACCUCGGUUCUGCUUGUGGUGAUGAGUGUUGUGACUCUAUUGUUGUGGUGCUGUUUACCGCCAAUUCACGAGUCCAAUUCGCGUGAGGAAGCAGCGGCCUAG